UCGAUGAAAUUAAGACUUUGACUUCAGUCCGCAAAACUCAAAUCAGAAAACCACCGGAAAAUUUAACCUCAAAGCGGUUUCAAUUCCGAUUCUCCGCCGGUCUACGAUGCGCCACAUGACGCCCUUCUCCCUCAGGUUUGUUGUAGAGUUUUGGUUGCUUUGAGAUGGUGGGCUCUGAGAGAGAAAAUGGUUCUUCACCAACACCACCGGCACAAAAGGCGGAUGUGAAGAAGUAUGGUGUAAUGAACCCAAUAUCAUAUGCUGGACCAAGUGAGGUUGAUGUUCAGAAGAAUGCACUUUUGGAAAAGCUUUUGAUGGACUCAGGGAUUUAUGAGAGUGCGGAAGAAACUGCAAGGAGAGAAGAGGUUCUUUCUCGUCUGGAUAAGAUUAUCAAAGAUUGGGUGAAGCAGUUAACCCGCCAAAAAGGCUACACAGAAAAAAUGGUCGAGGAGGCAAAUGGUAUUUUGCGUACCUUUGGGUCUUAUCGCCUAGGGGUACAUGGACCAAAUGCUGAUAUCGACACAUUAUGCAUUGGGCCAUCAUAUGUGACUCGAGAGCAUGAUUUUUUCGUUAUACUGCAUAAUAUUCUGUUGGAGAUGGAAGAAGUAUCAGACCUUCAGCCAGUUGAUGAUGCACAUGUUCCUGUGAUGAAGUUCAAGUUUCAAGGAAUAUCUAUUGAUCUUCUUUAUGCGAGCAUAUCUUUAUUGAUUGUUCCAGAAGAUUUGGACAUCUCUCAUAAUUCUGUGUUGUACAACACUGAUGAGAAAACGGUGCGAAGUCUUAACGGAUGUCGGGUUGCUGAUCAAAUUCUAAAACUUAUUCCAAAUGUAGAGAACUUCUGCACAACACUUAGAUGUUUAAAGUUUUGGGCGAAGAGGCGUGGCGUUUAUUCAAAUGUUACCGGUUUUCUUGGUGGUGUAAAUUGGGCUCUUCUAGUUGCUCAGGUAUGCCAGCUUUAUCCCAAUGCAAUACCUAGUAUGCUGGUUUCCCGUUUUUUCAGAGUCUAUACGCAUUGGCGUUGGCCAAACCCAGUCAUGCUUUGCCCAAUCGAAGAGGAUGAGCUUGGAUUUAAUGUAUGGGACCCACGGAAAUGGUCCCGUGACCGAACACAUCUUAUGCCAAUUAUCACUCCGGCAUACCCUUGUAUGAACUCUAGUUACAAUGUUUCUGCAAGUACCCUUCGUGUUAUGGUGGAACAAUUUCAUUUCGGGAAUAAGGUUUGCGAGGAGAUCGAGUUGAACAAAGCAAAUUGGAGUGCUCUGUUUGAACCUUCUCUUUUUUUCGAGUCGUAUAAAAACUACUUGCAGGUAGACAUUAUAGCUGCAGAUGCUGAUGAUCUGCUUUCAUGGAGAGGAUGGGUGGAAUCCCGCCUUAGGUUACUAACUUUAAAGAUUGAACGCGAUACAGAUGGGAUGUUACAGUGCCACCCUUUCCCAAAUGAGUAUGUUGAUACAUCUAAGCCAUGUUCCCAUUGUGCGUUUUUUAUGGGCCUUCAGAGGCAGCCUGGAGUGAAAGUUCAAGAAGGCCAACAGUUUGAUAUCCGAGCAACAGUGGAUGAGUUUAAGCAAGGGGUAAACAGUUACAAUCAUUGGAGACCGGGGAUGGACAUCUUCGUAUCUCAUGUCCGCAGGAGGCAACUUCCUGCGUAUAUUUUCCCAGAAGGGUAUAAACGUCAAAGACAAUUAAGGCACACUCCCCAGCACUCUACAAGAACCUCAAAUGGAGAUGCUGAAAGAUCCAGCUCUCCAUCCUCCGAUAGGCGUUUCAAGAGGAAGCAUGAUGCUUCUAUUGCAGAUAUUGGGUGUGGAAAACCAAAGAAAUUGAGCCCAGAAAGCGCAGGAAUUGCUCCAUCGAGCCCAGUAAUUCAAGGACUCGCUUGUGAGUCUCCAAUUGAACAAAAUGUGGUAAUGGAGUCGGAGGAUGGAGCAAAUAGUGAAUCAAUGCAGCCACCCACGAUAAGGUUGAGCCUGGAAUCAACGGCUUAAAUUAUCGACAGCUUCAAAUCCAGGUGUUUGUUGUUGUACAUAAGAGUACAAUGGCAUUAGUACCGAGAAACCAAUGGAACUUUUUAGCUAGACUUUGUACAAGAAUGACAUCACCUUUCGACUUUUCUGUUAUGUUUAUGUUUAUGCUUAUGCUUAUGGUUCAUGUUUAUCGUAUAUCUUAUGAUAUUGAAACCGAACUGGUUCUGGUCAUGUUUCGGGUAAAUCGAAUUUUGGUUCGGUUUGGUUUGGUUCUCGAGUUAAUGGAUUUUUCA